AGCUUUGGUUUAGUAAUCAACCCGCAUGAGUCACGCCAAGCACGCAGCCCCCUCCUGCCCGAGUGACAACAGGACAGCGUACUCCAGGCUGUUGUCCCUUUAAAAUCCGAAUCCAAAGGGGUAAUGAUUUAUCAAACGUGUAUUAUCAGGAAGAUGUCAAACGAAGGGCACCUUGCUUCCCACUGACGCAAACCCGGCCUUUCCCGGGGAGAUAUAGAAAGCGCCUCUUGUUCCCGGGCCAAACCUAGUCCAGUAGCGGGUUUUGCUCUACGGUUCAAGCUGUUGUCCGCAUCAGGCAUGGAUUGCAGUACUUCCAAGGAAAUGAAUAAGCAACCAGCCAACAGCCUGGAGGCAGCAGUGCCGGGCCACCGGGAUAGCCCCCGUGCACCCAGGACCAGCCCUGAACAGGACCUGCCUGCCGCCGCCGCCGCCGCCGCCGUGGCUACAGCCGCGGCGCCACGUGUGCCCAGGUCGGCUUCCACCGGCGCCCAAACUUUCCAGUCCGCGGAUGCGAGAGCCUGCGAGGCCCAGCAGCCCGGAGUAGGCUUUUGUAAACUCAGCAGCCCCAGGGCACAGGCGACCUCCGGGGCCCUCCCGGACUUGAGCGAAGGGCACAGCGCACAGGCCAACCCCCCUUCCGGGGCCGCUGGGGCCGGCAACGCGCUACACUGCAAGAUCCCAGCUCUGCGUGGCCCGGAGGAGGACGCGAACGUGAGUGUGGGCAAGGGCACGCUGGAGCACAACAAUACACCAGCUGUGGGCUGGGUGAACAUGAGCCAGAGCACAGUGGUGUUAGGUACCGAUGGCAUCGCAUCGGUGCUUCCAGGCAACGUGGCUACCACUGCCAUACCGGAGGACGAGCAAGGGGAUGAGAAUAAGGCCCGAGGGAACUGGUCCAGCAAACUGGACUUCAUCCUGUCCAUGGUGGGGUACGCAGUGGGGCUGGGCAAUGUUUGGAGGUUUCCCUACCUGGCCUUCCAGAACGGGGGAGGUGCUUUCCUCAUCCCUUACUUGAUGAUGCUAGCGCUGGCUGGCUUGCCCAUCUUCUUCCUAGAGGUGUCACUGGGCCAGUUUGCCAGCCAAGGGCCUGUGUCCGUGUGGAAGGCCAUCCCAGCUCUACAGGGCUGUGGCAUUGCGAUGCUCAUCAUCUCCGUCCUCAUAGCCAUAUACUACAACGUGAUCAUUUGCUACACACUCUUCUACCUGUUUGCCUCCUUUGUAUCUGUGCUGCCCUGGGGCUCCUGCAACAACCCAUGGAACACGCCAGAAUGCAAAGAUAAAACCAGACUUUUACUAGAUUCCUGUGUUAUCAGUGACCAUCCCAAAAUACAGAUCAAGAACUCAACUUUCUGCAUGACUGCCUAUCCGAACUUGACAAUGAUUAACUUCACCAGCCAGGCCAAUAAGACAUUCGUCAGUGGGAGCGAAGAGUACUUCAAGUACUUUGUGCUGAAGAUUUCCGCAGGGAUUGAAUAUCCGGGGGAGAUCAGGUGGCCCUUGGCCUUCUGCCUCUUCCUGGCUUGGGUGAUCGUGUACGCGUCGCUGGCGAAAGGAAUUAAGACGUCAGGAAAAGUGGUGUACUUCACAGCCACAUUCCCAUAUGUUGUGCUGGUCAUUCUUCUCAUUCGAGGUGUCACACUGCCCGGAGCUGGAGCUGGCAUCUGGUACUUCAUCACACCUAAGUGGGAAAAACUCACGGAUGCCACGGUGUGGAAGGAUGCUGCCACUCAGAUUUUCUUCUCCCUGUCUGCCGCCUGGGGAGGGCUCAUCACUCUUUCUUCUUACAACAAAUUCCACAACAACUGCUACAGGGACACGCUGAUUGUGACCUGCACCAACAGUGCCACUAGCAUCUUCGCUGGCUUCGUCAUCUUCUCUGUCAUCGGCUUCAUGGCCAACGAACGCAAAGUCAACAUUGAGAACGUGGCCGACCAAGGGCCAGGCAUUGCAUUUGUGGUUUACCCGGAAGCCUUAACCAGGCUGCCUCUCUCUCCGUUCUGGGCCAUCAUCUUUUUCCUGAUGCUUCUCACUCUUGGACUUGACACUAUGUUUGCCACCAUCGAGACCAUUGUGACUUCCAUCUCAGAUGAGUUCCCCAAGUAUCUGCGCACACACAAACCUGUGUUCACCCUGGGCUGCUGUAUCUGCUUCUUCAUUAUGGGCUUCCCAAUGAUCACACAGGGUGGAAUCUACAUGUUUCAGCUCGUGGACACCUACGCCGCCUCCUAUGCCCUCGUCAUCAUCGCCAUAUUUGAGCUUGUUGGCAUCUCCUAUGUGUAUGGCUUGCAGAGGUUCUGUGAAGACAUCGAGAUGAUGAUUGGAUUCCAGCCCAACAUCUUCUGGAAAGUCUGCUGGGCAUUCGUCACCCCAACCAUUUUAACGUUUAUCCUUUGCUUCAGCUUCUACCAGUGGGAGCCCAUGACCUACGGCUCUUACCGCUACCCUAACUGGUCCAUGGUGCUUGGAUGGCUGAUGCUCGCCUGCUCUGUUAUCUGGAUCCCGAUUAUGUUUGUGAUAAAAAUGUAUCUGGCUCCUGGCAGAUUUAUUGAGAGGCUGAAGUUGGUAUGCUCACCACAGCCAGACUGGGGCCCAUUCUUAGCUCAGCACCGUGGAGAGCGUUACAAGAAUAUGAUCGACCCCUUGGGAACCUCGUCCCUGGGACUCAAACUGCCAGUGAAGGAUUUGGAACUGGGCACCCAGUGCUAGUCCAGUAGUGUGGAUGGUCCUGCAUUACUCCUGGUUUUCCUCUCUUGCCUCCCCUUCACAUUUUCGCCAGCUUUAUCCUCAAUUCUCUUCUUUCUCCCCACACUUCGCUUCACAGCCGUGCAUGAGAGUGUUCCAUAGAAAAGUAGGACAUAGUGUCUGUCGCAUGCUGUAGUGAGAGUCACACAGACCACUGGAAGCACUGUCUGCCUGUGUCUGUGAUAUCAGUUUCUGGAAGGAUUGGUCCCCUGAUUGGGUGCUUCAUUCAUCCUGCAGGGGGUGGGGGGAUUGACAGGUGAGUGCUGGCAGGUGCAUGGUUUGGCAGUAGAGAAAUUCCCAUGUGUGUUCUCAUUGCUGGAAGGAGUAGGGCAUGAGGAGAAUGCAGACAUUCAGGACUGUGGAUUUGGACUCAUCAACACCAUCCAGCUCAGGUGGGCAAUGCCAUGAUCUCAUUCAGAAGCUGAAAGUUCAGGUCAGGUGCAUUUAGGCAGAGGCAGUGCUGGAAUUUGUUCUAGAUGCAGACAAGGCUGGUAGGUGGAUUUGGGCACCACUGGGUGGUUUGGUUUGCAUAUCCGUUUCCUUUAUUUUGACCAAAUAUACCAUGCAUUCGGAUGCUUCAUCUCUCUAUGCUGUGGAUCAGAAGGGACUGUCCAUUCUCUUUCCUCAGUCUGUCUGUCCUCCUCCUCCUUCCCUUCCUCCUCCUCUUUCUCUUCCUCCUCCUUUCCCAUCUUUAUAAUAACCACAUUUGGGAGUUAAUUCUUUGGGUCUUUUCUUCCACCCCCUGCACAAGAAGCCAUACUUUGAUUUGCAUGUCUACUUUUGUACCGCUGGUCUAUUUGCCAUGAUGUCUUUAGCACCAUGGUUCGGUGCCAUGGUAUGCUGUCUCUUUGCCUCCAAAUCUCUUUCUAUAAGCUGUAGAUACCUUGUCCUUCAACCUCUGGGAAAAUGAGACUUACCUUGGUUCUGUCUGUAUAUUAUAUAUAUGUGGGACACAAACUCUUAAACGAUACUUUUUCAAUUUUUACUCCUUUUUAAGUAACAGUAAAUGCCAGUUUUGGCCAUAGGGAAAUCAGAGAAAUCAAGAGAUUGGUAGAAAGCAAUCAUAUUAUUCCUCACCCCUGGGGUUGUACAGCUUAGGUCACUGUAUUUCCGGGACUUUCUGAUAAAUACAGCUUAGCUAGAUAGUGAGUAAGCCAAUUAAGACUAUAGCUCUUAAGACUGCAUUUAGCCAGUUCAAUUUCUGGAACUCCCUAUUCACAGUGUUUAUUGUUACUGCUCUCUAGUGAGAAUAAGCCACCCAUCUGCAGAGCCUGGCCAGGCGCACCCUUUAUUACAGUGUCUCCCAAGCAGACAUAUAUGAAACUCUUAAAAUGUGAUGUGUGCUCAUGCAGUAUGUACACAUAGCAUGUAGUGGUGUUUUCUGUCCUUAUAAAUAUCUUAGGAAUCACCACAAAGAUGGCGAUUUUAGAGUAGCAUAGUCUGGGCUUUUAUUUCUUUUCUUCUUAUAGUAUUAAUAUCGCAAGCUAAAAUAGUUUCCUCUAGGGGAGACUGGUUCAAUCAUUUUCUUAUGAGUUGUCUUCAUAUAACAGGGUCUCAGGCAAAGUUUUUGGUUCAAAUCUUGUAUAUUGAUGUGACAUUUUCAUCCCACACAAUUGCAAUGAUGCCCCAACAACAGAUUUUAACGUAUCCUUUUAAAAAGAUGACUCCACUAUGUAAAGUGUCUGAAAUCAUUGUAUUGGACUCUCCCUUUCCUAGGGCAAGUGCUCACACCAUCUGCCAACAAUGAUGGGUACUUGGAUUUCCCAGAGUAGCCAUGACAGGUUUUAGGGAAGGAAUCGUGGUGGGUUUUGAACUCCUGGCUUUCAUGUCUUUUCUAUCAGGGUUUGCCUUCCCCCUUCCAUUUCUCCUUUCUCCCAAUUUCCCCAAAGUAGGUCUUGCUAGACUGUUACAGAGAUGGAGUCUCAGGCUUCCCUUAUUUUAGGAAGAUAAGCUGUGGGCUCAGCUGUCUCCUAUCUGCUGUCAUUAUGUUUUCCCCAGAAAGCCACACUGAUGAGCAGCCCAUUCCUGCUCCAAUAUUGCAGGGUGGUCCCAGACUUCGGUGGUGUGUGUGUGUGUGUGUGUGUGUGUGUGUGUGUGUGUGUGUGUGUGUGUUUGGGGGUGGGGAGGUCAGUCUGGAAACUACCCGCAGCCCCACCAGUUUGCAGGUUAGGAAAAGCACACACGGGAUUUGUGUGUGCUUCUGGCUUCCUGUUUUCCUCUGGGCUGGAAUUGGGACUGGUGCUGGAUGCCAACCCAAUUUACUAAUUUUUGCCUCUGUGAUUAAAAGAAAGAAGUGGGGGAGGCUGUGGGCACUGCCGGAUGUGAACUGAGAGUUGGCUUACUGGAGACCUCAUCAGUUAGGGCGUUUGUAACUGGGGCAGCUAUAGCUGUGUCUAGUAGGAUGCGUUUAGGAAAGACCUAGAAGCUGCCCCUGAGUACUUGUCCAUUUUGUUGUUGUUGCUUUUUUUUUUCUUUCUCUAAUUUCAUAAAAAAGCUGCUCAGAAGGACAAAGUAAGAAAAGGUUCCAGGCUCACCUGGACACAGCUGCCUUUGAAGUUUAGUUUUUGUCCACAUUCAUUGCCACGUUCAACUUCAAGGCUCUCCCUGGCAGGGAGGAGUGGUGUCUGAGUAGUUUCCAUUCAUGGUGUAUCUCAGCGUAUGCCUCCUGAGGACUCGGUCGGGAUACUGAGAGCGGAUAUGUAUCCGUCUAGAUGGACUGUUUCCAUGCUACUAAAAUGCACACUCGAUUGGAAGAAAAAAAAUGAAUGAGUGAAUAGAAAAUGAAAGCACUGUCAUAACUGCCACCUGAGCUUCUCCCUUGACACUGAAGACUUCAGUUCCCUGUGUGCAGGGGUGGGGAGUUUACCAUCUGUGAGAUGAUGUCAUACCACCAACCAAUAAACUCAUUCAGAGAAAAACAAGCCAUAUGUGAAAAAUAGUAACCCCUUAAUAUCCUUAAAACAAAAACCACCAUGUAUUUAUUAACUAUUGAUGUUGUGGUUCCUUAUGCAAACCUUUGUGUAAUUGUCUUGCUCACUAGAAAUUUCUUCUAAUCUCCAGGCUGUGUUUGUUGUGAACAAAUGUGUCAAUUCUGGUCUUCCUGGUAGUUGUUUUAUCAGCCCCUGUGUAUUUUUUUUUUUUUUUGCAUGAUAUCUGUGGUCAAGGCAAAAUCCUAAUGACCUUGACGUCUUCGGAACUUUUGCUGAGUUUUUAAUGCGUGAGAGCUGCAAUUGCUGCGUACUUCAGGGAAUGGCACUUUAGAAAGAGUUAUACACAAGGACUUUGGGUGGAUGAGACUCAGAUUUCGCUACAUUGGCGCAGCACUGAGGGGAGGGGUCAGGGCUUUGUUUUCCUCCUGUUAUUUAUGUGUGCCUCAGCGCUUCCCGGUUCCUUUCUGUCAGCAUGGGCUUCCCAGGCCUUAAACCGACACUUUACUCUUCAUCUCCUUGGCCGUGGGUCAUUGUCCUCUUCCCAGAGGCUAGCACAGUAACUGUUGCUGGGCGUGCAAUGGCGAGGUCAUCCUGACUGUGGGAUUGGGGUUUGGGUCUGGGCACUGGCAUGAGUUAGGGUGUUCUGUAUGGUAGGUUGACAUGCAAGGUGUGGAGGCCAAGACCAGCAAGCCUGUUUCCCCUGUCUCGAAGCGUGUGCUAUCCAGAGCUGGCCUGAGGGUUGGGAGUGAGAUUUCCUGUCUUUCUCUCACUUAGCUGUGCUUGCCUAGAAGAACCAGUGUGAAAUAUGGUCUUGGCAUAGGUUGCUGUAAACUGCCUGUUGAGAAAGGAUUUCAGAUGGGUGUUCCUUACCCCUGAAAAGCAAACUGAAGUUUGAUUAGUUCCUGAGGACGACGUCUCCAGGUAACUGGCUGCCUUACAGGUGUGCUCUAUCACUGGGGUGAUGGUAGGCGUCAACUGGGAACUGCUGUGUCUCUCAUUUGUCCGUGUUCUUUUGCACUUUAUUAUGGACCUAUCAAGGAGUAUGUUAAUUAUCAAAUUAUGUACUUGGGUAGUGUUCUAAAUGCAAGAAUCUCAUGUGGGCACUAUUGUUCAUGAAUAAAGAUGUUUCCUAGUCAGGUCCUUAUAUUUUUUCAUCAACUGUACAUGAAGAAAAUAUGUUACAAAAUGAUGCAUCAUAUAUAUCUAUCUAUCGUAUAGAGUGCUUAUUAUAUAUUGUGCAUUAUUCAUUUAAGAAGUCAUUACUCUUGAGGCCCUACCUCAAAUUUUGUAUUUAUGUGUACAAAUGCAAUUUAUGGUAUUAUAUAUUUGCCUAUUACAUACUGUUAUAAAUUAGAGUUUAUCCUAAUCAUGUAUGAGUCCUCGAAAACCCCAAAUAAAUGUCAGUGUUUAAAGCA